AUGUGGAGGAUUCUUGGAAGGAAAAUUCAGAGCCUUUUGACAACUUUGUGCAACCGCUACAUGAAGAGAGAGAAUAGAUUAAUUUUACUCCAAAGCCAUUAGUAACUGACAAUUCAUAUCAAGCGGCACACAGAUGCAGCCUUGUGCUGUUUUGCCUGAAGCUCCAUUACUAAUGGCUAGGAUGCUACUUGAUGUUCAGCAACCUAAACACACAUAAAACGCUCCAUAAUGCCUUCAAAAGUCUCAUGUCUCUAUGUGCUGACGGUUGUUUGUUGGGCAAGUGCCCUGUGGUAUCUCAGCAUAUCCAGACCUACAACAUCAUUAGUUGGGCAGCUGACUGCGCCCGCUCGCAAAACCCUUAAGCCACAAAGAACCGCCAACACCACCUUUAACAACAUACGAACCCGCCCGCUAAACCCCCACGCCUUCGAUUUCAUCAUUAACGAGCCUAAGAAAUGUGAGACCAACGUGCCGUUCCUGGUGAUCCUCAUUAGCACAACACACAAAGAGUUUGAUGCCCGGCAAGCGAUUCGGGAAACGUGGGGCGAUGAGAGCACAUUCAGUGAUCUUCGCAUCAUAACACUCUUCCUCCUUGGCCGCAGCACAGAUGGCAUGCUGAAUCAGAUGGUGGAGCAAGAGAGUCAGAUUUUCCAUGACAUCGUAGUGGAGGACUUUGUGGAUUCCUACCAUAACUUGACUCUAAAGACGCUGAUGGGAAUGCGCUGGGUGGCCACCUUCUGCAACCAGGCCAAGUACGUGAUGAAGACGGAUAGUGACAUUUUCGUCAACAUGGACAACCUGGUGUACAAAUUGCUAAAACCAGACACCAAGCCCAGACGGAGGUAUUUCACCGGCUACGUCAUAAAUGGCUCACCUAUUAGGGAUAUGCGCAGUAAGUGGUACAUGCCCAGAGACCUGUACCCAGAAAGCAAGUACCCACCGUUCUGCUCUGGCACAGGCUAUGUCUUCUCAGCAGACGUGGCUGAACUGAUCUAUAAGACUUCUCUGCACACCCGUCUGCUUCAUUUGGAGGACGUUUACGUAGGCGUUUGCUUACGGAAGCUUGGCAUUCACCCGUAUCAGAACAGUGGCUUCAAUCACUGGAAAAUGGCUUACAGCCUCUGCAGGUACCGUCGAGUCAUCACGGUGCACCAAAUCUCUCCUGAAGAGAUACACCGCAUAUGGAACGACAUGUCCAGCAAGAAACACCUCAAAUGUUAGGAACUCCUGAGGGAUUCUCUAUCUGAAUACUAUAUCUGCUUCGGGUUUUUUAUACAUAAAAAGAAUCUAUACAAAAUUCUCCUUAACCCCAAAACCCCAUGAACAACCUGUGACGCCUUGAGCCGCUUGUAAGUAAAGUAGGUGAAGUUCAGGUCAAGAUCAUCUAAGAGUGAAGAAGAUGCUACUGUUGAUGUGCAGCUGUGAAGUACAAUGAUAAAUAUUUUGACAGCGUGUGUUCUUGCUGUGCCAGUCUAAAUGCAUUAGCAAAGGGUGCGGUGUGCUUUAUUUGAGUACCUUAAACGCUAAUUCAUGCAUAAACAAUCUUCUGCACUGUAGUAAUUCAGCUCAUCAGCUCAACAAAGGUGCACUCUGAGUUAGAUAAAACCAAACAUGAAUGUCCUUGAUGUUAGU